AUGGAUAAAGUUGGCCUUCUUGAGGACAUUUACAACACUUCAUCCUUUACCAUGGCGUUAAACCUUUCGUCGGGAAAUUCUCUCGUAUCAGAAAGCGAAUGCUUUCAUAGGGACUCACUAGCGACAAAAUUUCUGCGAAUUCUUCCUCACUUCUUCAUAAUCAUUGUGUCGUUGAUAGGAAAUUCUAUGGUUGCGGCCGUUGUGUUCAAGAAUUCUCGAAUGAGAACUACAGUGAAUUACUAUAUAGUGAACAUGGCCAUCGCAGAUUUACUCAUUACCCUCUACAUGCCAAGAACGAUAUCUGCCGUUAUAUUUGGCUACGAGUGGGUCAUAGGUGGAACAGCUGGUCUAGUUCUCUGCAAACUCUCUAUUUUUGUUAACCAAAUACCUAUGAUAGCCUCCAUAUUCACCGUAGUCGCUAUCAGUUUUGACCGUUUCAACGCCGUGGUAUUUCCGCUGCGAACUUUCGUUUCCACUCGCAUGUGUAAGGUUGUAAUAUUCUGCACGUGGCUUAUAGCCUUGGCAUUUCGCUCUCCAACAGUCUAUGCCGUACGUCUAAUGCCUGGAAAAAACGGCAAACUCUACUGCAAUUUAGCAUUAGAUGUAACUUUCGGACCCGGGGCGAAGAAAUUGUACUAUAAUUUUAACAUGAUCGCAAUUUUUACAAUCCCCUUUCUUACAACUGUAAUCUUCUACACUUCUAUAAUGGUGACUUUAAAAAGACGAAAAGCGCCCGGGCUUACGCCCGAAAAUUCAUCUAACAACAGCGAGGGUUUUAAACGCAGAGAGGUGGUUAAAAAGAACGUCCUUCGUUUGGUCUUAAUUGUGGUAACAGCGUUCAUUUUAUGCUGGUUGCUGUAUUAUAUCAGGCUCAUCUUGUUCGCCUAUGGCUACGAUUUUUCCUGCAACUGGCUGUUUGUGCGGCUUAUUCUAGCGCAUUUUAACAGCGCCUUAAAUCCCUGUUUGUACGCCAUUUUCAGCGAAAACUACCGCAAAGGAUUUAAGAAGAUUUUAUCGAGGGUAAAUUGCUUAAAGAGGUUGCCAAGAAGACGCCUUUCAGAUCAAAGUCGCGAUUCAAACAGAUUUGUCCGAAGGAGCUUGGGGCCCUGGGGUAGUAAUGGCAGUAUUAGUAUUCGAAUAGAAGGUGAAAGGCAACAGUUAUCAACCUUUCAGUCCAGCGAUCCGCAAAAAUAA